AUGACUGGUGUACCGGAGGAACAAACAUUAACAAAACAAUUACAUGAUUUACAACACGAUAUUACUAUAAUAAAAUUAUAUUUACGUUUUAAAGAUAAAUUUGUAACAUAUCAUUCAGUUUUAUAUAGUAAAAGAUUUACCUGUAUUAGUUAUUUAAUAUCGUACCAUGAUAAUCAUCAACAAGUUCAUUAUGGUAAUAUUAUUGUUUUUUAUGUAUUUAACGAUGUACGUCAUUUAUUAGUACAAGAGUAUCACCGAGCUGAUGUUAAAAUUUCUGACUUUCUUGAAAUUCCCGAUGAACUGAAAGAAACAAUCGAUUUGUUUUAUCCUAUUUGCUUUUUAAGUGAUACAUAUGUUAUUAUUCCAGCUAGUCGUAUCGUUAAUAAAUGUGUAUCAGUAUCAUUCCAACAAUACCAAUGUAUCAGUAAAAGGCGUGUAAAAUGUGAACACGAUUAA